AUGGAAGUGAUUAAAAAAGUGUCACAACUUGAAUCGAAAAUGUUCAACGUCAAUCGCCGUGCAAUCGCUUCUUUGAUCGCCUUGGUUUUCCUUUUCAUCGAGUGGACAUUUUUUGACGGCCAUCACGUCAGACCGAAUCUUCCAAACCAUUCGACGUUGCAACCAGCACUCUCGAAUCAACAGCAACAACCCCAGCAACUCUAUCACCUGAUUGACAAUUAUUCAAAGGAUCAACUGCCAUUGCCGUUGGCCAAUCAGGACGAUGAACCGCCAAAAUUCAAAAGGAUCCUCUUCUGGAAUACGUUCAAAAAAGAAAAGAAUUACGGGGUGGGGCUCGGUCGGGAUGCCUUGCGCCAAUGGGGCUGUCCCGUUUGGCAGUGCGAAACGUCAGACAACCGGACCGACGUCCAGAAUUACGACGCCAUCGUCUUUCAUCUUCGCACGUGGAACCAAAAAGAUUUACCGAAGCGUCGCUCGCCUCACCAGCGCUACGUUUUCUUUAGUAUCGAGUCGCCGGCCUGGGCCGCCUACAGAGUCGCCCGUAUGGCCAAUUUCUUCAACUGGACCAUGACGUACCGAUGGGACUCGGACAUGAUUUACCCUUACGGCUACAUUGCGCCAACGGGAAACGUCCCCCUUCAUCCCACUCCAAAUCAAAUGAAGAACCUUUUGUUAGCGUCUAAUGACACCACCAAAGUUAAUUACGCCCAGGGAAAAACGAAAAUGGCCGCCUGGUUCGUGUCAAACUGCCAAGCAGUCGUCAGCAGCCGAAACGAAAUGGUCAAAAAACUGCAAAAGUACAUGACAAUCGACGUGUACGGCAACUGCGGGAACAUGACGUGCCCCAAGAAACGUGAUAAUUCGUUCGUGUCGAGCGACGAGUGCCGGGACAUGGUGGCCGACAAUUACAAAUUCUAUUUCGCCCUGGAGAAUUCCCUCUGCCGCCAUUACGUCACCGAAAAAUUUUUCGACAACAUGCGCCGCCCGAUCCUGCCCGUCGUUUUCGGCCUCCACGACGACCACGAAAAACUGGCACCGCCGCAUUCCUUCAUCAACGCCGCCAAAUUCAAAUCAAUGAAAGCCCUGGCCGAUUAUUUGAUCCUCCUGGACAAGAACGACACGCUGUACAACGAGUACUUUUGGUGGAAGCCUCACUUCCGGGUGCGGGACAGCCAGCGGGACAAGAACCUGGGCAUGUGCCACCUGUGCGCCGCCCUCCACGACUCAACUCGCCCACCCCAAAUCUAUGCCGAUUUAACCGACUGGUGGGAAACCAAAUCCGAUUGCGUUUUCUCGCCCGCCAUCUUGUGAUAUACCCUUGCUCGACGUGCUGGGAUCACCUAUUAUGAUCCUAAUAACUCCCUUCAACAAGAGACUUGUUCUGUUAAUAAAUUCAGCUGUCGAUAUAAAUACGAAGAAAAAGUGGCUUCAAUGUUUUAAGUUAUCGAGUUGGAACGAAAGUCUAAACGAGGAAGUUACUCUUCUAAAAAACAAAAUAAAUCUAGUUGCACUUUACUUGGAAUUAACUCAUGGCCCAUGAGUAAUAACCCAAUACCGUUGAUUGUUUAUAUUACCCACUAGCAAAGUUGUGAAAUACAAAACUGAGCCUGA